AUGGGUUCUACUUCAGCAGCCAAUAAACUCACCUCCCGUCAUCCCCUUCAACGUCUUCCCUCUCCCUCUCCAACAAUCUCCGCCCUCGUUCAUCUCAUUGGCCUUGCUUCCUUCUCUCUUUCUUAUAAAUAUCUUUUUGACUUCCCAACAUUCAUCAACUCCUCAUAUGGCUGGCACUUCCAAUACCUCACCAUCAUUGGUCUUACUCUAGCUUUUUUGACAUUUGUCUUCGGCUUCCUCGCAGACAUCACUCUUUCCCCAAGACUUUUCAUGAUCAAGAAUUCUCUUUCAUUAUGUUCUGCCCCUCUGGAAGUUUUGAUCUCCGUGUUGUAUUGGGGAAUCUCGGCUAUUGAUAAGAAGCUUUUGGUGCCUCCCGAGAUCUAUAUUAGUCCAUAUGCUGAUAUCGGGUUCCACGCUAUGCCAGCGAUCUUGUUGACUAUUGAUCUACUAUUCUUGAGUCCGCCUUGGACCAUCAAUGCAUUGCCUGCUAUGGGACUUUCAUCAACCUUGGCCGUUGCAUAUUGGGCUUGGGUGGAACAAUGCUAUAAGUAUAACGGAUUUUACCCAUACCCAUUAUUUGGACAUCUUGAUACAACGCAGAGAGCAAUUUUGUUCACCGGAGCUGCCUUGACGAUGACUGGUAGUACAGCAGUGCUUAAAUGGCUAUAUGGAAGAGUCAAUGGUUUGCAGGGUGCUCAAUAUAGAAGCAGUCCCAACAACAUUAAGGGGAAAUAAACUUAUCUUUAUAGAUAUGAUUUUUGAUAGAAAGAUAGACACUGAUUUAUGGAUUUGGGUGGCUGCAAUUUUUUGUACCUUUCAUAUAUCUACCUAGUCCUUCAAGUUUAGAAGGUUUCUACAAUUUGACCAUGUUGAUUGAGAAGGUUUCGUUAUACAUCUGAUAUGAGGUACAGUCAGCGAUGCGGCACUCGUGUGGCUUGCUAAGCUAGCUGAAGUUUCAAUUUCUACUUCAUUCAUAGGCAGUACCAUCACCAAAACACGUUGCACGGCUGUGCAAACCCCCUCAUUCCUCGAAAUGGGGGAAUGGAAGUAUCAUCCAGAUAUAUCCUCAAUCAUCUACGUACCACUACCUAGUAGAUAAUCAUGCAACAUUGCGGCAGGCUUUU